CAUCUUGGAUGUGCGGACUGAUUGUUUAGCGAGAAGAAUUGUGAACAUUUUAGAAAAUAAGCCAUUUUACUGAAUCCCUGAAGGUUUGAGGAAGUGGAGGCGACCGAGGACCGAGACCGUCACUGGGAACAGUCCGGUGAAAGAAGGCAUGAAGACAUCAUCCUAGUUAUCAGUCAUGGCCGAUAAACGGAAACUUCAAGGUGAAAUAGAUCGAUGUCUGAAAAAAGUAGCGGAAGGUGUAGAACAGUUCGAAGACAUCUGGCAAAAGGUGAGACGGGACUGUGACAAGCUUCACAAUGCAGCCAACGCCAACCAAAAGGAGAAAUAUGAAGCAGACCUCAAGAAAGAGAUUAAAAAGCUACAGCGUCUUCGAGACCAGAUCAAGACGUGGGUGGCAUCCAACGAGAUCAAAGAUAAACGGCAGCUAGUUGAGAAUCGUAAACUCAUAGAAACGCAAAUGGAGCGGUUCAAGAUAGUGGAAAGAGAAACCAAGACGAAAGCCUACUCAAAAGAAGGACUGGGUCUGGCACAGAAGGUCGAUCCGGCCCAGAGGGAAAAGGAGGAGGUCGGGAUGUGGCUAACGAAUAUGAUCGACACGCUGAACAUGCAGGUGGACCAGUUUGAGAGUGAAGUGGAGUCUCUGUCGGUGCAGACCAAAAAAAAGAAAGGAGACAAAGAGAAGCAGGACCGGAUUGAGGAGCUGAAGAAGUUCAUCGAGAAGCAUCGGUACCACAUCCGGAUGCUGGAAACAAUACUGAGGAUGCUGGACAACGACUCAUUGCAGGUGGACUCCAUCAAGAAGAUCAAGGAUGAUGUGGAGUACUACAUUGACUCGUCACAGGAUCCAGAUUUUGAGGAGAACGAGUUUCUGUACGACGACCUGGAUCUGGAAGACAUUCCUCAGACGCUGCUCGCCACCUCCCCCCCGGGACAGUCCGGCUUGGAGGACGAGAUCUUCCAGCACUCCAGCAGCACACCCACCUCCACCACCUCAUCUUCACCCAUCCCCCCCUCGCCUGCCACUUGCACUACGGAGAACUCCGAGGAUGACAAGAAGAGAGGACGUUCAACAGACAGUGAAGUUAGUCAGUCACCUGUGAAGAACGGAAACCCCUCCUCGUUAUCCUCUUCCUCCUCCUCCUCCUCCUCUUCCUCCUCCUCUUCCUCCUGCUCUUCUUCCUCCGUCUCAGGACUGAACCCCUCCUCGCUGGUCUCUAUGGCGACCAUCGCUGGGGGUGGGAGCAGCGGCUCUGGGGGCAACAGUCAUUACAGCAACUCGGGGGGGCUCCUCUCCAACACCUCCGCUGGCAGCUACAGCAACGCCACCCAGCAGCCCCCCCACCCGUCGGCGCAGCAGCAGCAGCCGGCCAAGAACUCAGUGAGCUCCUCCUCCUCCUCCGCCCCGAUCGCCUGCCCCAGCAUCAACAGCCACCCCGCCUCCUCCACCUCCUCCCCCCCCAACGCCAGCAUGCAGGGGCUCCUGAGUUCGAACUCCCUCGCUCCGUCAGGCCCCUCGCAGACCUCCAACAGCUUCGGCCUCGGCCUGGGACUCUCUCUGGGGAAAGGCGGCAUGUCCAGCUCCCUCACCACCAGCCCCAUGUCCGGGGGGCUCGGCCUAUCGGGGAUGCCGGCAUCCCUGAGCACCAUGGCGAGCCUUCUCUCCAGCUCCACCCCCGCACCGUACGCUCAGGCAGCCGCCUCGGGCGCCGUGGGCUCCGGGUUACCAGGUUUACCGGGCUCGCUGGGAGGCGUCAGCACCACGAGCUCCAACAGCGCGUUGGGCUCCAUCGGCAGUGGGAACAUCACAGUCGGCGGGCCGACGUCUUCAUCGGGGGGUCUGCUGGGGGCGUCGACCUCCAUGGGCAGCAUCGGCUCCGGGAUCCUGGGUCUGAGCUCCAGCCAGUCGGGGAUGCAGGGGAUGUCUCUGAUGUCACCGAGCCCGGUCGGGGGUCUGGCUCCGGGGAGCGGCGUCGGCAUCAUCGGGAGCAACGGGGGUAACUCUGGAUCCGUGGGGAGCGGCGUGGGGGGGGGGAACUCGUCGCUGUCCGUCGGACCGCCGAGUCGACAGAAGCAGAACGGAAGCACGAGCUACAGUGCUGUGGUGGGCGACAGCACAAUAGACUCCGCCCUCAACAUGGUCAGCCAAUCACUAAACAGCCAACCCUCAUCUUUGACCUCCUCAGCCAAUCAGCCUAAGGACACUGGUCCCAGUCUACUGGGCUCCAUCACUCUGUCGUCCAGCUCUCCAUCGCCGGGCUCCUACAGUGACGCCAAAAUGGUGAGCGGCAGCAGCCUGCUGAACGGACCGCUGGGCUUCUCCCAGUCCGAUGGCAUGAAGUGUCACAGCUCAGGAGCUCUGAGCUUCCUGAAACUACCAAGGUCCGAGUUUUCAUGUCUACCACAAAAGGAAAACAUCCUGAUGGACUCAGAGAACUCGACCCUGUUUGAAGACAACAUGACCAUGAAAGACGAGCCCCAGGAGCCUCUGAGCAGCCUGAAGGCCAUGGCCGAGCGAGCAGCACUCAGCUCAGGGAUGGAGGGAGACGUGACUUCCCUGCACCUCACCCCAGACAUCUUCCCGAGCAGCACUACAUCCUCCUCCGGACCCCCGUCUGCGCCUCAGACCUCGCUGUCAGAGGUCAGCAUCCCCCCGUCACUGGGGGUCUGUCCACUGGGGCCGGUGCCCGUGUCCAAAGACCAGCUCUACCAACAGGCCAUGGAGGAGGCGGCGUGGACGCACAUGCCCCACCCAUCCGACUCCGAGAGGAUCAGGCAGUACCUGAUGAGGAACCCCUGCCCCACCCUGCCUUUCCACCACCAGGUGCCGCCCCCCCACUCUGACACGGUGGAGUUUUACCAGAGGCUUUCCACCGAGACCCUCUUCUUCAUCUUUUACUACCUGGAGGGCACUAAGGCCCAGUAUCUGGCAGCCAAAGCCCUGAAGAAGCAGUCGUGGAGGUUCCACACAAAGUACAUGAUGUGGUUUCAGAGGCACGAAGAACCCAAGACCAUCACUGAUGAGUUUGAGCAGGGAACCUACAUCUACUUUGACUAUGAGAAAUGGGGCCAGCGGAAGAAGGAGGGAUUCACUUUCGAGUACCGGUACCUAGAAGACCGUGACCUCCAGUGACCUGCGGAGAGACAUGUGGAAGGACAGACGGGCGGACGACAGAGAGAGAGAGAGAAAGGGGCGUGGACGGAGGAAAGAAUUAGCGAAUAAUCGAACGAACAAAUGCGGGCGGUCCGGCGGCUGACAUUCCUGUUUCCACCUCAGCUCGCUGUUGGAAAGGAGACGUUCAGGGCCGGGGGGGGGCGACACCAGUC